AUGGCAUCCCAAAGUUCGCGUCAACGAAGUGCCUUGUUUGAAGAAAAUUUAGCAGAGGAAGAAAACACACGAAGUAUCCGGUCAGAAGACGCGGAAGAUGCCACACCAAACGACGUUUCAGAGAUAUGUUUGACAAUUAUAUGCACCAAUGGUCGUUUGGCUUGCGCAUACUUUGAUCCUAUCACUGGGACUCUAUUCAUCAUGGAAGACACAGAGGAGAACAAGUAUUAUGAUCUAGCGGCUCGAAUCCUCGAACAAGUCUGUCCAGGUUUCGUACUCACUAGCUCCAGAUCAGAUGAGCUAUUCAUUGAUUUUCUUCGUGACCAACUCAACGAUCAUCUGCAAGUCCGUCCGUGGAAAGAAUUUACAGCAAAGCAUGGGACUGAACGUUUGCAAACACUUCCACUACUGGCUGGGCAGCUCGCGGAAGAAGAAGAAGAUAGCGUAUCUGCACAAGAUAAUAUCGAUAAUUUUAUGAGUUCAAGGGGUACAAUGCAUCCAUCUCUAAUUCAGUGGCGCGCAAGUAUACGCUCGGGCAACUUUACAGUCGAUGAAGGCCGGAGUCAGCUAUGCAUGUCGUCUAUUGGUGCACUAAUCGACUAUUUAACCCGCAGCAAAGUAGCCAACGACGCCGGAUGGGACGUAGAAGAGCUGGACGAUGUGAAAAGAAUAGAGUACUUCUCCCUUGCAGAGUAUAUGCAAAUUCAUAGCGACGCGCUGCUGUCUCUGCAAGUUUUUCUGAGCGAGAAACAUGCCUCUAUCUAUUCCGACUCGGUUAAGGAGGGUCUUUCCAUCUAUGGGAUUCUGAAUCAAACGCGAACCCCUUUUGGUGGUGCAUUGCUUCGACAAUGGCUUCUACGACCGAGCACCUCGUUGUCUACUAUCUCAGAGAGACACGAUGCAAUUUCGUGUCUCACAGCAAUUGAGAAUCAAGCCACCGCCGCUGCUCUUCACAAGAAUAUUGUCGGUACAAAGGGCGUGCUGCUGGCUCUUGCACGACUAAGAAAAGGGAAAGCCUACUUUGCAGAACUGGAAAGCAGUCAUACAGGUACAAUGGUAUCUACUUCGGAACUGAGUACUGACUUGCCCGAGUUUUGGGUAUCUGUUACGCUCGUCCGAGGAAGCUUGCUGGAACUUCACCACACAUUACACAUACGAGGCUCACAAGAGCUACUGGAGAUGAUAGGAUCUUCCCAUUUUGCCGAAGUCGCGCAAGCCAUUAAUGAUAUAAUUGAUUGGGAGGAAUCAACAAAUCUUGGGAGGAUAGUUGUCAAACCGCUAGUGGAUGAAGAACUCGACCAGUGGAAAGAGACGAUGGCUACCAUGGAUUCAUUCUUGUCAAAGGUCGCGCAAGGCAUUGUCGCCACUCUCGCUCCUGAAGAAGCGACGUUGUUCUCCGAGUUCAACGUUGUGUACUUUCCUCAACUAGGAUAUCUAAUCAGUGUUUCUGGCCCCACCGAGCAACCACUCGAACCCAACGAUUGCCCAGAAGGAUGGGUAUUUCAGUUCAUGACAAACAAUACCCUCUAUUUCAAAUCAGACAAAAUGCAUGGUAUGAAGUUUUCGCAAGCGAAUUCCCACUCAUUUGUCAAAGAUUUGGAUGAAUGCAUUGGGGACGUCAACACCCUCAUCGCGGAUCGGGAGAUAGAGAUCAUUCAGUCGCUCCAAGCCGAGGUUUUGAAUUAUUCGGAUAACAUUACCACAAUGUGCGAACGUCUCGCAGUUCUUGACUGUCUCCUCUCAUUGGCAGAUGCAGCACGUCGUUAUCAAUGGAUACGUCCUGAAAUGUGCGAGGACGUUGUCCUGGAUAUUAGGGACGGACGACAUCCGAUACAAGAGCUCGUAGAUGAAAAUUUUGUCGCCAACGACGUGUACGCGGUUGGUGGUACACCCUCUAGCAACCAUUCGGAAUCAAGCAGCUCGUCACAAGAGAAGACGGGCAACAGCAUUGUCAUCUGCACGGGAGCAAAUGCAUCUGGAAAGAGUAUCUAUCUCAAACAAUGCGCUUUGAUCCCAUAUCUGGCUCAAGUUGGAAGUUUUGUUCCUGCAGCAUCAGCACGAUUGGGGAUAAUCCAUCGUAUUUUCACCCGGAUUCAAACGAGGGAGUCAGUCUCCAAGAUGCAAUCGGCACUUAUGAUCGAGUUGAACCAAGUCUCGCUUGCCAUCCGUCAUGGAACGACGCCACGAACAAUUGUUCUCCUUGAUGAAUUCGGAAAGGGCACCCUUUCUUCAGACGGUGCCGGCCUAUUCACUGGAGUCAUCAAACAUUUUCUCAGCCUCGGUGAUAUGUGUCCUCUUGUCAUUGCUGCCACACAUUUUCACGAAGUCUUCGACGCGUCGAUGCUGUCGCCCGACUUGCCCAUUUCAUUCGUUCACAUGUCCGUGAUGAUCACAAACACCUCGGGUAGCGUUCUGGAGACGGAUGCAGAUAAUGCCGCUAUUCCGGAUAAAGGAGAGAAGCGUGAAGGUGACCGACUGGUUCGUCCGGGUGAAGCAGUCACCUAUUUGUUCAAGUGA